UGCUUGGUGGAAAGUCAAAAUUUUUCAGAUUAGAUCCAAUAUUAAUAUCGAAGACAAUCUUGUGAAAACGAAUCCAACAAAAUUCAAAUUUGUGGACAACUUGAAGAUCCGGAAAUGUAUUUUCGUUACCGUAAAUUGUACGAUUGUCUCAACUGACUAUAAUAAAUACAACGGAAGAAAAUGACCAUACUCGACGACUUUUAACGGCGCAUGAUUCUCGCGACGCUCGAGUCGAUCGAGUUGUUUGUCGGAAAAUAAGCGGGGCUCAACGAACGAGUAGCUUUUCGGGCUAGUGAAUUCGACGUUUCUCGGGAAACCCUUGUGAAAAAACGGCGAAUAAAGCAAACGAGAGGAAACGACGAGACCAGACGACAUAUUUUGCGACUCCUUCUUUCUUUCCGUCGCGAUGUCUGAAGCGUAACGAUUAGAUAAGGCCUCCGGUUCAUAGUGCGUCCGAGAUGCAACCUCAUAAGAGACCGAGAUGCCUGUGGAUCGGCCUCAGUUAAAGCUGCGUGUGCAAACCGGCAAUUAUUAAGCGGACGGUGGUCGUCCGCGAGUCACUUCUUCUCCCCGAGCUGUCGUCGUCGCCGAUCCCUGCAUGCGGUGCGCGCCGCCACUACGAUUUCUCGUCUCUCCUCACAUCCGCCUCUGCUACCGCGGAGAUCCGCGAUAAUCCAUCCGAUCCGGAAAGAAGAAGCGAUCGAUAGCGCGCCACGCGACCAAGAGCGCGAGAAAAACAAGAAGAAGAAGAAGAAGAAGAAGAAGAAGAAGAAGAAGAAGAAGAAGAAGAAGAAGAAGAAGAAGAAGAAGAAGAAGAAGCCGAGAAAAGCCGCGUCGUUUCUUCUGGCUGCUUCUUUGCCGCGGAGUUCACGUAACUUCGUCCUCGCAAUUCCGUCCGUCCUCGAGAGAUCGAAGUAUGAUUCCUGAGCAGAAAGAUUUCCACAAAUCGACUCGGCCUCGCGACUCGUGAACCAAGGCUCACCGCUGGACCGUCUCGGAGACGCGGCAAGGAGAGCAAGAUGCCCGCCUGCUCCAGCGAGAAUACCUCGAGAUGGUCAUCCAGUCCGCCGAUGUCGCGGAGCAACAGCGUGUCGCCGCCGCUACCCAGCUCACCGUUGUCCACGUCGCCGCUCAGGAUGUCGCCGGUGGCCACGUUAAAGCGCUCGACAUCGUCGAACGUGUUCGCCUCGACGUCGCACGCACCACCGAUCAGCCUGUUAUCACGGGCAUCAUCCGCUUCGAACAUGCCGAUGCCGGUGAUAUUGUCGCAGAGACGGCAGCAGCAGUCGCACCAGCACCAGAAUCAUCAUCAGCAGAGGACACAGACCGCAACGACGGAUCGUCGCAAUGUCGUGCAGGGCAACGGCUCCCCGCUGACGUGGAUCUUCUCCUGGUACUUCGGCUUGCUGGCCGGCCUUUUCCGAGGUAUCCUCAACGUCAUCAGCUACGCCAUUUGGGCACCAGCCCUUUGGGCCUCGGCCUGGGUAUGCCUGUUCUGGGUGAUCCUGCAGCUGCCACUGACCGCCCUCAAGUGGUUCAUCACGGUGCUGCACACCCCGGCAUACGAGCGCUCCCGUAACAAGCGCUGCGUGCUCAUCAGCGGUGGUAGCACGGUGCAGGCGGUGCACCUGGCGCGGAACUUCUACAGGGCUGGCGCCCGCGUGGUCGUGUGCGAGCACGAGGGCCUCUUCGGCCUGGCCAGAUUCUCCACAGCCUGCUCCAAGUUCUACACGAUUCCGCAGCCGGGCGCCCGGAACGUCGUCGAGUACAUCAAGGCGCUGCGCGACAUCGUGCAGCGCGAGAAGGUCGCUUACUACAUACCGGUGAGUGCCGCCAACACUGCCUAUUACGACGCCUUGGCGAAGCCGCACCUCGAGAUCAUGGGCUGCGAAUGCUUCGUGCCGGACGCCAGCGAGGUCACCGCGCUGGAUGACCCGUUGGAGCUGCUGCGACGCUGCCGACUGCUCGGCUUGGCGAAUCCUCAGCACUUCCUCCUGCGCUCCAUGCAGGACCUGUCCACGUUGUACGAUCAGAACACCUUCCGCACCGGCCGCUACGUCAUGCUGGCCGCCGGCCCCGCCGGGAUGCGCGAUCGCGCCAAGGUCCUGCUACCACCGACCGCGCGCGAGUUCCGCAAUCAGCAACACGAGAUCAGCGAGAUCCGGCCAUGGGUGGUGAUCCGUGACCCCGGCGGGGAUCACUUCAUCACAUGCACCACCUUGAAGGAAUCCCGCAUUGUUGCGAACGUCACCUGCCGCGUAGAUGAGGCGCGAGGGCUCAUACCUGAGGAACGCCCGGAGGUGACGUGCUGGCUCGAACGCUUCUUCGCCCGCUCCUUCGGCAGUCGCGUCAACGGCCACGUGAGUUUCCGCCUGGCGGUGUCAGAGCAGACGGGCGAGCUGGUGUCCAUCGGCUGCCGCGUCGGCGUCAGUUUACCGUACAUCUGCCACACUGGCAUACACCCUCGUCUGGUCUGGAAGCCCUGCAGACACUUCUCCAGGCAGAACUCAGCGGUGCUGGCGGCCACCGGCGGCGGUGGCGGCCCAGACAGGCAUCCGCUGCUGUCGGACGCCGUGGCGAGCGUGUUCAAGCGGCAGAACAGCGAGGUGGCGAGCCACUUGCUGGGCACGGUGCUGGACAAGCGGGAGGCGCUCUUCGUCUAUUGGGACCCGUUGCCCUAUUGCGCUUAUUAUCACCUGCAGUUGCCCUUCGGCCGCAUCGCCGCGAUCAUCAGAGCGCAACCCGCGCAGCACAAUCCGCUGCUGACGGUGGUGCAGUAAAGAAGAGAGAUUGUCACCCUUGGCUGGAGCCUCCGUAACCUCUUGGGAAUAUCCGCGCUUUCACGGACUGAGCGAGAGACCGUCUUCGUGAACUGGAAGUCAGGACACUGUCACGAGGGGAUUCCGAGUGUGUACAGCUGGCUGACUGGCUGGCUGGCUGGCCGGCAGCCAUUUGGCUGUCCGUAAUCUCAUCGACUUAGACAGUUUCGCGCAUCGUCGUUGAGAGCAACGUAACCAAACGUGCCAAGAAGGUGAUGAUCUGAAAACGCUACUCGAGAGAUGAGAGUUCGUACUUAUUUUUUCAUUGUGAGUAAUUGUGCGGAGAGUGUGACGUUUAUUUAUUAGAGAGACGCUGUCACCUCACAGCGCGGCACCUCUUGCCGAGGCAGUCAUCGGCAGAGAGUUAUGUGCGACACGAGCGAAUGUAAGAGACUUUUAGACGACUUAGUCGAAGUGUGAAGGGUGUGAGAGGAGCAGAAAGAUAGAAGGAAAGAGAAUGAGAGAGAAAGGGAGAGCAUGUAUAUAUGUGUACACGUACGCAAGUAUGCUAAUCCUACUUUACUAAUUAACUACAUACUAGUUGAUAAUCGUUAAUAUCUCAUCCAUGGGGAUCGCGUUGAGAUUCGAAGAGCGAGAAGUAUAUCCAGACGUCUUCCGACUCGUGCAUAAGGAAAAAGGACAACGUUCAAAGUCGCAAAGUGAAACAUUACGAUCGCAGAGCAGAUGAUCGCGGUCGCUCGUAAAAGUCUCGAAUGAAACUUAAAUGACACCGCGAGAGUGAAUGAAAAAUAAGUGCAAAGGUCAAGUUCAACUGUAUCGCGUUAAAAAUACGCUGCUCUUCUCGGCGCCUCAUCAUCGUUGCGCUCGCUCCGGUCCGGUUCGGAUUAGUCGGGGCAACCUGUCACGAUCGCGCAAAAGCGACAUGCACGGAUAAAGGAGAAAUAAAAAAAAGCAUACGUGUGGAUCGCGCAUCAAAUAAACGAUUAGAUAUACGUUAUAAAAUAAACGAUUAAGUAAGAGCGGAGACUUUAUUUGCGCGUGGAAAUGUUUUUGUAAUAGGCUAAAACACGUCUAGCGGCCGGCGCUCUUCUGCUUCUCGACAUUCCUGCGCGAACUUUAACCGACCAUUAAGAUAUACGGGUAUUGACAAAAUGAGUAAUUGAAAAAUGAUCAAUAAAUAAUUAAUGAGUCCCCAUACACCUUAUAUUUUAAUAAAAAGUGAUAGAACGCCGGCUACCUGUCUCCUUCUUGAAAUUGUUUAAGGGGGGAGUUACAUGCGAAGCAAGCCGUUUUCAAGGGUAUGUUUAUGAAUUUUUUUAACACAAACAGUAGGAUCAAUGGAU